AUUAAUUAAUGAAAUAAAAGUUUAAAAUUUAAUAAAAAUACCAUAUUUUACGUAUUUUAUUAUACAAUCAAAACAAUAUACUUAUACAAAUUUACGCAAUUGUUACGCAGUAAAUAAUUCUACUUAACGACUUUUAACGAUCUCUACUAUAGUUGACAAAUAGUAGUAUCCGCAAUUCGGACCGUAUCUUACAAAGUUUUUUUAACAAAAAAAAGUUGACGAUUGAAGUGUCAAUUGAUGUUCGUUAAUUCAUUAUUUUCGUAUCAUUGUAUUGAAAUUUCUUUCGUUUUGUUUUAUUGCGGUAAUUAAAGUUAAUUGUUAGCAUACCUUCAGAAAACAUGAGUGAAAUAGUAAUGAAGACGGAUUACAUUUUUUCAGGUUGUAUUUUUUGAUGGCUGACUGACGUGAAAAAUUUUGUGUACUACACGAGAUCAAAGUUAUUUACAUCUCGUACGCUUUUGGGUCCCUUACUACGCUCAAGAUUCUAAAUUAGAUUCACUCGCUACGCUCGUGAAUCUAUUAUCUUUCGCUUGCACGGGACUCAAAACAAGCACUCGAAGAAAUAUCAAACUUUGCUCUCUUGUUGUACAAAUAACUAUUGUUUUCUUUUUAAAUAGAUGAUUUCCACCGACUUGCUUAUUUAAAACCAUAUAAAUAUUAUAUUCAUAAUUACUUAACUAAUCUUUUGAACAUUUAUGCAUAUUCAUUUUCUCUUUUUGCAUACACAAACACACACACACACACACACACACACACACACAUACACAUGUUUACAUUUAUAAGUAAAAAUUUUCAGUAUUAAUGGUACUAAAUGUUUUUAAAUUUUUAUCUAAAAUUGUAUAAAUAAAACAUCUCCUGCAGCUAAAUUUUUGGGGAGGAGCGCUAUCUACCCUAAAGUACAGGUUAUACCUUUUUAGCAAGCAGAUAUUUUAAUAAAAAAAAUACAUUUAGUAUAGUUUUCUUGUGGUAAGUUGAUUCGAGAUUUUAUACAGGUCAAAAGUUGGAAAUUGGUAUGAUUUUGAGAACAUAACUAAGGCACCUUUGUCCUCGUCAGGGCUAUACGAAGUUAGUGUUUUUUCAUCACCCUUGCUUGAAAAAGAUCUUAUUUCAUGCAGGUGUGCUGAAGGACAAAGGCCUAUUUUGUUCCCGCGGGAGUUAUGGAUUCUGAAAAAAAGCUAUAACUCCCUAGGGAGUAUUGCAAACUCAGGUCUUAAAUUCCAAGUGUCACGAAUUAUCGCCCUCGUGUCCAAAAUUUUACUUACCCUCUCGUUGCACAAUGUACUAUUAAUCACCUGUCGUGUUUUGCAUUAGUCAUGCAUUUGCGCUUAAGAUACUUAAGUACUUGCUAUAAACUGUCACGAUGAAUAAUAAAAACUGUCCAAGAGCAUUUCAGGUCAUGCUCAGUCUAGGUACCACACUACGGUACCGUCCAGUCCAGUCCGUCACCAUAGGCAAACUUAUAAGGAACAAUAUGUACAUUGCAAGGAAUAUGUUCCCUGAGGUACAGGUUAUUGGUGCGGCAUUUUUAUAUUAUCUACUAAUUGCACAGCAACUAUCCCAGGCUUCAGUACCAGAAAUCCCAAAGGGCCCGGUGUUGCCCCGACCCAUAGUGCAUACCCCAGUAGGCAGUUACCGAGGUCUUCAGGCCCAGGAUGGGGAUUACUCUUUAUUUCUAGGUAUCCCGUAUGCGAGAGUUGAUCCGGACAACGUUUUUGGUCCUGCGUUUCCACACAAAUUUGAAGGGAUAUUCGAAGCCGACGACGAUACUUCAAGGUGUCCACAAAUUGAAGAAUUUAACCACACAAUUACAGGGACAUUGGACUGUCUUCACGUCAACAUUCACGUACCAAACAGCGCUGGUAUUGAUAAUCUCUUGCCUGUGAUGAUCCACAUAUAUGGGGGCAUAUUCGAAUUUGGAUUUGCAGGCAGACACAUCUACGGACCACGCUUCUUGGUCAGACAUGACGUUAUUUUUAUUACUUUCAACUAUCGCGUUGGUCCUUACGGUUUUAUGUGUCUAAACACAUUUAAAGUACCAGGGAAUCAGGGUUUGAAAGAUCAAAUACAAGCAUUACGCUGGAUUAAAGAAAAUAUACGAUAUUUUGGCGGAGAUGACUCUAAAAUCACUAUAACGGGAAACAGUUCAGGUGCUGAGUCUGUGGAUUUGCAUCAGUACUUUUUACAAGAAUCACUUUAUAAUAGAGUGAUUAUGCAAAGUGGCGUGGCGAUAUCUCGUUCACUUAGCAAAGAUUCUGAUCCAUAUGCUCCCAUAAAAUUAGCAAAGCAAUUGAAUUAUACAACGAAUGAUAUUAACGAAGCAUUAACUUUUUUGAAUAAACUAGAGCCACAUGAACUUAUUGCCGCCACACGGGAUUCUGGUGUAUUUUUUGGACCGUGUGUUGAAAAGCAGUUCGAGAAUGCUGAUAAUUAUAUAACGAAAUAUCCAGAUGAUAUGAACACAGUUACUCGUAGAGAUGUCGACGGCUUAAUUGGUAUUAAUAACGACGAAGCUUAUGCGAUGAUAACUAUAUUAGAAAAGGAUGAAUUUGAAAGUAUGGACUACGUGACUGAGAUGUUAGAAACUUAUUUUGAAUUCAAAAAUGAAAUUAAGCUUUCAGAUGAUAUAAAAAAGAUUGUCCGAUUGUUUUAUUAUGGUGAUGAUGUUCAAAGUGCAGAUAAUAGAAGACCUGAAAUAAAUGUUUAUGCCGAUUUUGUUUUUCACAGUCCAAUAUUCAGAACUGUUAGAAAAUAUCUGGAAAGUGGCGUAAACAACACGUACUUUUAUAUGUUUUCAUUUUCUGGUAACAGAAAUUAUUAUAAGGAUCUAGUGAAAAUACCAAAAACAGAAGGUGGUGCUGCUCACGCAGAUGAGCUGGGAUAUUUAUUUGAUAUUUCUUACAUGAAAGACCGGGUACGGGAUGAAGAUAUGCUUAUUGUAGACAGGAUGACUGAACUUUGGACUAAUUUUGUAAAAUAUGGAAAUCCAACACCAAAACCAUCAACGUUAAUUCCACUUCAAUGGCCACGCGUAUCCCGGGACAAACUGCCAUAUUUGGAGAUAAACACUGAACUACGCCUAGGUUCCAGACCGAUGCACGAGCGGAUGACCUUCCUAGACCUUCUGUACAAGGACAUUGGAGAUUAUCAAAGGGCGAUAAGCAAGAACUGAACAACAAAAUAUGGAAC